AUGUACAACUACAUAGUAACCGCACACAAACCAAGCAGCGUUUACGACGCUGUCAAGGGAAACUUUACAGCACCGACCGAGACAAAUCUGAUAUUAAACAAAUCAACACGAAUUGAAAUAUGGACACUCACGCCAGAAGGUUUGAAGAAAGUAAUUGAAGCACCGAUACAUGGAAAGAUAUCCGUUAUUCAGAUUUAUAAACCCAAGAAUCGCGACACUGAUCUUCUCUUCGUCGCGACAGAAAGCUUUAAUUUCUGCGUGCUUUCAUUCGAUCCAACUCGUCGGCGCAUAAUUACGGAAGCUUAUGGUGACUUGCACGAGCGCGUCGGUCGACCUGCUGAGAAAGGCCAGUUUGGUGUGAUAGAUCCAAUGUGUCGGAUGAUUGGUUUGCAUUGGUAUCAGGGGUUGUUUAAAGUUAUCCCGAUGGAGACGGGUGUGGCGGUUAAGAGGAAAUUGGUGGUGAGAAGCGCUGCGAUUGUUAGGAAAAGUCCACCAGAGAUUGGAACUCUGAAAGAAGCAUUUGAUUUAAGACUUGAAGAACUCCAAAUAAUCUCGAUGACCUUUCUUUACGGUUUUCCAUCACCCGUUCUGGCAAUUCUCUAUUUUGACGGUCAGGACAAUCGACACAUCAAAACCUAUAAUAUUAAUCUGCUAGAUAGAGACUGGCACGAAGCUGGAUUUAAAAUUGAUAAUGUCAGCAAGAGUGUAGAACUCAUUAUUGCAGUACCUAGAGGUGGUUUAGUCUAUUUUGAGGAAGAACAGAUAGUCUAUUAUGAUUUACACUGGUCACGACGAACUCUACUACUAAAAAGAACAACACCUGUAAAAACAGCAUCGUUUAUCGAAGAGAAUGCAACAGAAACGAAAUUUUUGGUUGGAGAUAAUUACGGACAAUUGUCAUUACUUGUAAUACCGCAUUCUGGAGAGAUGGAUUUUGAACUGCUUGGAAAGGUUUCUUUUCCUAAAUGUAUUGUCUACCUUGAUAACGGUUAUGUAUUCAUAGGGUCUCACUUUGGAGAUUCACAAUUAAUACACUUGACUCCUGACUAUAAUAGUGGGAGUGGGUAUAUAAAAAUAGUAGAGAAUUACCUGAACUUGGCUCCAAUAUCAGAUCUUAUUGUUGUCGACUUGGAUAAGCAAGGACAGGGACAAAUAAUAACGUGUUCAGGUGGGUUUGAAGAUGGCACCCUGAGAAUCAUUCGUAAUGGGGUUGGAAUAGCAGAACAAGCUGUAUUGGAAAUGCAUGGAAUCAGAGGAGUCUGGGCAUUACGACCGUCAUUCGACUCUUUAUAUGAUGAGAUUCUUGUUAUUACUUUUAUUAAUGAAACACGUGUCUUGACGAUGACCGAGGGAGAAGAAAUGCAAGAAGUUGAAAGUUUUGCAUGUUUUGCGAUGGAUAAAAUGACUCUUGCGACUGGAAAUAUGAUGCAAAAUAUGCUAGUUCAAGUAACUGAAGCAAGCGUUCGAUACAUUAAUCAAGAUGAAUCGAAACUUGUCACAGAAUGGAAUCCUCCGGAUAAUAGUAAAAUUACGGUUGCGUCCGUAAAUCCCAGUCAAGUGGUUAUUGCUCUUGGUGGAGGAGUUAUAGUAUAUUUCGAGGUAAAGGAUGGACAGCUUGUAGAGACAUCCAAAACAAAACUAGAUUAUGACAUAGCUUGUUUAACCAUUCAUCCUCUACGCGAAACGAAAACCACCUUAUCGAACACGUCAUCCGUCUUAGCCGUCGGUCUGUGGACAGACAACUCGGUCCGAAUUCUUUCUCUUCCCUCGCUCUCUCUUGUCACCCGUGAACAUCUAGGGAACGAGACCAUUCCUCGUUCUGUGCUAUUGGUAACCCUCGGCAAAAUGCAUUAUCUGUUAGUCGCGCUUGGAGAUGGAACAUUGUAUAAUUUUGUGUUUCAUAAAAGCGAUAGCCGACUGACAGAUAGGAAGAAAUUUUCAUUGGGAACACAACCGAUUGCGUUGAGCACUUUUAUGACGAACGGAUCGUCAUAUGUGUUUUGUGCUUCAGAUAGACCAACGGUCAUCUAUGCUAAUGAUAAAAAGUUAAUGUACUCGAAUGUUAACGUUAAGGAGGUGAAUUUCAUGUGUCCAUUCAAUUCGGCCUCUUUUCCUAAUUCUCUCGUAAUCACAUCAGAAGAUGGUUUGAAGAUUGGAUCAAUCGACGAGAUUCAGAAACUCCAUAUCAAGACUCUGCGGUUGAAUGAAAUGCCGCGACGUAUUGCGUAUCAAGAGAGCUCUCACACAUUCGGAAUAUUAACUAUGGGAAUUAUAGGAUUAGGACUUGAACCUCAACAUCAUUUGAGGCUUAUGGAUGAUAAGACAUUCGGAAUUCUCGACUCGUUCACGUUUGAUGUCUACGAAAUGGUCGAAUCCAUUACAUCCCUCAAAUUUUCUUCAGCCGAAGAUGCGCCAGAAUACUACGCAAUCGGAACCGGAUAUGCACCUCCAGACGAAGAACAUCCUCGCAAGGGUCGUAUACUAAUAUUCUGUGUUGAGAAUAAAACAGAGAAAUUUGACCGAGGAUUGCGAUGUGUCGCGAUCGAGACUGUGAACGGGACUGUUCCGUCACUGCUAGGAUUUAACGACAUGUUGUUAGCAAGCAUUAACUCGACGGUUGCACUUUUCUCUUUCACGCCUCCAAAUGACUCUACUUCUCAAGGCGCCUUAACCAAACUGACCACCCAUUCUGGCUACACUCUCGCCCUUUAUCUUGCCACCCGGGGAGACUUUAUAGUCGUUGGCGACAUGAUAAAAUCAUUCUCCCUUCUUAUUUACAAACACGAUGAAAAGAAAUUCGAAGAGAUUGCAAAGGAUUACAAUUCGAACUGGUUAACAGCUGUUGAAACAAUAGAUGACGAAGAAUUUAUUGGAGGUGAUGCGUCGGGACAUGUAAUUACGGUUAGAACGAAUAAUGAUGCCCCUGAUGAAGAAGACAGAGCUCGUUUAGAAGAGGAGGGUGGAAUACAUUUUGGUGAUAUGGUCAAUAAGUUUAAACAUGGUUCACUUGCAAUGCACCUUCCAGAAGGCGAACCACCUGCAAUCCCUAUGCUUGUCUUUGGCAGUCUAUCUGGAGCGAUUGGCGUCGUUGCAUCACUGACAGAAGAAAAGUUUAAAUAUCUGCAAAAGCUAGAGGACUGUAUACGGCGUACGACACCCACCAUAGGAAAUUUAAGACAAAAAGAUUGGCGAAGAUGCGAAAUGGAUCGCCGAACGUUUGAAUACAAGAAUUUCAUCGACGGUGACCUAAUAGAAUCGUUCAUUGACUGUACACGGAAACAACAGAACGCAAUUGCAGCAGAGAUGGGGGCUUCCGUGGAGGAGCUUGGAAAGUUUGUUGAUGAGUUGACAAGAAUUCACUGA